AUGCCACGGAAGGAGAUGACGAUUUUCGCCGGACUGAUACGACAGCGUUUCGGAAAAUCAAUUCCGGUUCAACUGAAUUACGGAUGCGAACCGUCGCGUUUUCUCUUCAACCUGAGUAAAGGAAGAGCUCGGUUGCUCAGCGGCGAGGCCGAGUCGGAUCGGGCUGAGUUUCCGGUGGAAAACGCCUACGACAUCUUGAGUGUCUCCGAAACCAGCUCAAUCGCAGAUAUCAAGGCAUCAUUUCGCAGACUCGCCAAGGAGACUCAUCCAGACCUUGUCGAUUCGAAGAAGGACUCAGCUACUUCAAUACGUUUCGUUCAGAUUCUCGCUGCUUAUGAGAUUCUUUCAGAUUCUGAAAAGAGAGCACACUACGAUAGAUAUCUGCUAUCCCGGAGAAUGGUAGUGACGAAACAGUCUAGACAAGGAGGGUAUAUGCUUAACAAGUAUAAAACACGAUUGACAUUGAGUGAAGAGAUGGAAGUUGUUGAGUGGCUUAAGUGGUAUAGAGAAGCAAUACAUGAUAUAGUAAUGGAGAAGAGAGUAGCAAAUGGUACAGGGUACUUAGAUGAACUGGAAGAAGAUUUUUAUUCAGCUAUCCGGGCGGCGUAUUUUGGUCCUGAUGUAGACUCUGUGGAGCUUCUUCCCGAUUGUUUUGAAGCUGAGGAAAGGUCUGUGUAUGACACACGAGAGGUUUUGCAUUUGGUAUCAGGACGGGACCUUUUUGGCAUGGUCUGCUUGGUAGAUAACUUCCUUGAGCUGUCUUCUGCCUGCUCCAAGAAACUGGCUUUGUCGUCGUUUAUGGAUUCAGACGUGGGUCAAGCUGUCGAUAAAGGCGACAUUGGCAUGGUAUCUGAUGAAAUAGUUGGUCUUCGGAUGUCUCAUAUACAAUCCUCGAGAAAGAAAAACCAUGUUUCGGAUGCAUAUAAAGAUAUUCGGCUGCAUGUAUCUGGAAGAGUUGUUGCUACAGCCAUUAGGGUUCCCCCAAAAGGGAAGAAACAAAACGAGGGUGAUCACGAUCACAUACACGUUUUCCUCAAUUCAGAUGAAGGAUCGAAUCAUGGCACUGAGUCUUCUCCGGGAGAUGAAAAUGGAGCGAGACUUCUUGUUGGAACUAUAAGUGGUCUUGGGACAAGCCCAGAUGAAGGUUCAUGUUAUGUCUAUGAUGGGAAUGGUGCUAAGACUCACGUGAUAAUGAAACAUAGAACAUUUCUGGUGAGACAUUUGCACUGGUACAGGAUUGGGGAAAAGGUUUCUGUUUGCGAGUGUAGAUGCAGUAGAGCCAAACUACCACCAAGCAAGUUUUGGUUGUUUGAGCCUCGUUGUGGUUUGCAUGAUGUUGGAGGUUGGUAUAUUGAGACUUUUGGAAAAGAUAAAAAGGGCCGGACAGUCCUCGCACAAAGAUUCUGGGAUGGAGUGGAAGUGGGCGCUACUCUGGAUGGGAGACUGCACCCUGGUAUCUACUUGCUUACACUAGCGUAUCGAACUCUUGAUCUUGAAGAUGAAAGGAGAAGGAAACGGUCAAUAGUGGAAAUCUUCGAGGCAAGGCUAUCUAAAGCGUUGGAUUGGUGUAAGAAACUGGUUAGGAGAAGAACUUUUGGAACUUAA